GGUGUGUGGGAGUGGAGCGAAGCGGGACUUCCGACAGCCCGGCAACUUAGGUGCUGUGACUUUGAGUGAAGGAUUCCUGUUCAAUGAAGGUCUUCAAGACAUUACAAAGGUAUUUCAUGCUUGAACUGUCGUUCCUUUAAGCAGUGAUGAUCCCGCCCAGAAUAAAGUAUCCAGAGAAUGAAGAGUUUACUUGUUUUUGAUUUUGAUCACACAAUUGUAGAUGGGAACAGUGACACUUGGGUUGUGAAAUGUAUACCUGAAAAGAAGCUUCCAGACUGGCUCCACGAAACAUAUGAUGGAAAACACUGGAAUGAAUACAUGCAAAAGGUCUUUGCCUAUAUUGGAGACCAAGGAAUCAAGGAAUCUGAUAUGAAACAGGUUAUGCAAUCCAUGCCAUAUACUCCAGGGAUGGAUGAUCUCCUGAAGUUCAUUUGCCAAAACAAAGAUCAAGUUGACUGCAUAAUAAUUUCUGAUUCAAAUACAUUUUUCAUCAAUUGGAUCUUGGAAGUAACAAACAGCAGUUUAGUAUUUAAUAGCAUUCUUACAAAUCCAGCAAAUUUUGAUGAACAAAAUCAUCUUACAAUUGAGAAAUUUCAUUCUCACAACUGUCUGCAAUGCCCUGAUAAUCUUUGCAAAAAAAUAGCAUUGGAUGACUUUGUUGCUAAUCAACUUAAAGCAGGGAUACAAUAUAAAAAAACUAUUUAUACUGGUGAUGGAGGGAAUGACUUGUGCCCCAUUAAAGGUUUGAAAGAGUGUGAUGUUGCUAUGGUCAGAAAAGGGUACAAGUUAGAAAAACUGAUUCAUGAAUUGGUUGAUAGAGGCUCUGGUUCUAUGCAGCCGUCAAUUGUGAUAUGGUCAUCAGGUGAAGAAAUAUUGUCUUAUUUGAAAACAUGUUUGAAGACUUAAGGAAAUCUCUUUUGUAGAUUUGUUUGUAAACAAAAGCACAAUUUAUUUUCAUUUUAUUAUAAUUCAAAAUGUUUAAUUUAGAAAGUUUAUCAGCAAAAUUGUAGAAUUAAAAACACUUUUCUUGGGCACUCUAAUUUCAGCAAGUUAUCAACAGCUAAUAACGAAGCUGUGGAUUGACAGUUUGUUCCACACUGUGGCCAUUGAACCCUUUGGUCCGACUUUAAAACUAUUAAAGAGUUAACAAAGGAAUUUGAAUUGGUCAAGUUUGCUAUUUAAAUUUUACCUCAUGACAUUUUCCCUGAAUAUUCUGGAAUGGUGUUUAAAUUGAAUACAUACCAAUGUGUAAUGAGAUUGUACUUUAUAAUAAAAUUACUUGUUGCUUACAUUAGGAGUGAUCUUGCAGGUAGAGAAUGGUGCAUUACUCAGGACUCAAUAUAAAUGUACAUUAAGCUUGUUUCAAAAUUCUACUAAAUUUCAACUACUUCAAUCAACAUUGUCGAACAAAGCACAGUUUGCUAUCAUUGUGAAACAAAUAGUUAUAUAUUUCAAUGGGCUAUUUGUCUACUGCACUGCUGUUUUUCAUAUUAAGAAUAGUCACUCAGCUGUUCAUUUAUGUAUACUUAAUAAUACCAAAAUAUUCUGUUAUUAGUUAGUUAAGCAUGGGAGGCUAUUGCAUAAUGGCUGAGGAAUUGCAGCAGAAUUUCUAAUUGACAAAGCAAUUUGUAGGAACUUUUUACAUUGAGUCUUCUGUUAGUUUGUUUUAUGUUGUGUUUCUGCGACAAGCAGAAAUUUGCAAACUGUAUACUUAAGAGAAGAACCUCUUAAUCCCCAAAUGAAUUUGCGUAUUAGUGAUUUUUUUUUAAACCUUCUACUCCUGAAUUACUGUAUCCAUUGAAUUCAAAGGGGAACCACAGCUAUAAUCAGCUGAUGCAGAAAUAAAACAUUCAUUCUU